AUGGACCCGCUCACAUUGUGCCUUUUACUGUUUAACUUUUACUUCUUGGUGACAGCGACGGAAUAUCGCAGAGAUAUUCAGGGCUCCAUUACAGUUUUGGAUUCUACUGUCUCUCUUUUACCUAGCAAAGCUCAAUUUCUCUCCGGUGAGGGAGAUUUUGAUUCUCCAAAGCUUAACUUUGUGAACGAGACCGUCUAUGACUGGUGGUAUUUUGACGCAGUAUCAGAUGAUGGAGAAUCUUCCAUAACCGUUUGCUUCUUUACAAGCUCCUCUACUGCAUUUCCUUUCCUGCUGCCUAACAAGGGAAUCCUACCUGUCUAUAUAUGGGCAUCCUUCCCCAAUGGGACUGUGUCGGUAUAUGCGGUCCACGCCCAAAAAGCGGUUAUUGAAACAUCUAGAGAUGGUUACGCAGGUAUUUACCACCCUAUACAAAUGGGAUGGCAGGGCUCUGCAGAUCUUUCACGAUACCGUAUAUUCUUUAACGAUACAAUUCAUGAAAUCAAAGGCACAUUUGAUAUCAGAUCUGUAUGUCCCAAUCCUCAGCCCAUGGCAUUUUACUAG